AAAAGCAGAAGAGCCUGCAUCUGCCAGGAACAGCUUGCCAAACACAGUGUGUCCAUCCCGCCCGUCCCUUCGCGAACGGGAGGGGAUCAACCAGCUGCCCGGGUGUGGAAAUACUUGUCAAACCCCCGUCUCUUUUCCCUUUUGGAUCUUCAUGUCUGGUUGCUUUCUUACAGCCUUUGACCCCCACCAUGGCCUCUAAUCUAAAAGUCAUCUUCCUGUUUCUUUGGUUGCUUCAGUGUGGAGGGGGAAAUGUUGAUGUUCAGCAGAAACCUCCAAUCCAGGUUGCGCUGCUCAAGGAAGGAAUAUCCAUCCCCUGUAAAGUCAUCUUUCCUUACAUGCCGAGAUACACCAGAUUUUCGAUCUUCUAUUACUGGAUUAAUUCACUGGGCCAGAAAACAUCCAUCUAUAGUAGGUCGGAAAAGGUAGAAAUCCCUUCUGGAAAAGAGAAUAAGACUGCUGUCAUACCUUAUAACCACAGAAUCAUGCCACUUGAAAACACCUCUUCUACUGGCACAUACUACUGUGAGGUCAAAUGGAAUGACAUCCAGAAGAUGGGAAAGGGAGUGUUUGUCCUUGCUAGAGGUACAGGGUACAUACAGACCUCUUAUGGGUGGCAAAUCCUCAUUACAGUAACUACUCUUCUUGUUGCUUUGAGCAUCACCGCAACAGCUCUGCUUCUGUGGAAAAGAAAGGUGUUGUGCCCUGUAAAGAACCAGCUAAAUAUCCGGAGACAGAAGGUGGAAACGCAGCCUCCUUCAGCCAGCCCACCACCACCAUCUCCUGUCUAUGAUUGCCUGGAUUCUCAGCAAGUUGAUGUCUAUUCUACCCUCAAGAACAACACAAACAACCAGUCACUCAAAAAUAGUCCUCCAGGAAAGACACCUAAGAAGCAAGCAACUCUAGAAGAAUCCUCUGAUACACUGUAUGAGAAUAUCUAAGAGGCAAAAUCUGACCCUAUGUGGACCAGAGAGCUUUCUGUACGGCAGAACUACUCUCUUACACCCCCAGUUCUCUGCAGAGAUCCACAGCAACCUCAGGGCACAACCACAAGGGACUUGUGAAUCCCUGGCUCAUUCUAAACUGCCCUUCAUUAACAACAGAAUGCAUCUGUUCAAAUCCCACCUAGGCUCAGUCUGCAUUGAUGCAGCAAAGCUAUUUUGCAGCAAAGCCGUUCGAUGCAAAAGAAAAGCUGCUUUUGUCAGGCACUCACAUGUAUUUUAUGUAUGCAGAUGGGAUCUGUGCAGGUUUCUCUCACCUGGCCUGGCUGAAAUACUUAAAUCUCGUUCCUCUGUAAAUGAUAGGACAAUCCAGAGACCUCCCUGCUUCCUGGCUUGAUCUUCCAAUCCUGACCUGCAGCGGUCCAUCUGAUCCUGUGCCUACGGCUUUCCUGACAUGGCCAACAGGCCUUCAUGCAUAGUUUAACCGAGAUCCAAGCCUCCACCUGCCCAUUUUUCCUUUCUCAGGAACCCCACAGUGAAACAUGCUUUCUCAUAAUCUGCUAAUCCCAUCAAGUAGUCACAGAUGCCUGCUGUGGCCAUACUCAGUCGACUCAAAUCAGUGCCUCCAAGUAAAUGCUUUCCCUUCAGCAAUAUCAGCAGUAUACAGUGAGGACUGGAUGCACAGACAGAGAUAAAGAUGGAGAAAAGGAAAACAGAGGAAAUAUCCCUGCCUGGCAACACGUCUCAGUGGCAGUGCUUUUUCCAGAACAAGGGAAAGGAACAAGGAGGUGGGGACCCGAGGAAACUCCCUUGCUGGGGCUGUGUAAAGCCAAGCGGAUCUGGGGCCAGGUUGCAGCCCAGAGAAGUUCAAUCCAAUUUCCUGUUCUUCUUGGCAAGGGGCAGUGUUAUUGCUUGGGAUUUUGAGCCUCUGUGCAAAUAGGCAUGUACCCCUGCCCCACCAAAACCAGUAAGUUUGCUUUUGUUUCAACUCGCCAGUAUUUCCCAGAAAGGGUAUAAGGCUCCUUUACCCCCAUCCCUACACAUUUUUUGGCCAGGUAGACCAGUUCUGAAACCUAGAAUGACUGGAGGGAGGAGGGACACCCUAGAGGUGAAUUUUCUGUCUAAGCUUUUCUCUGUCCUGUCGGCUGGAACUUGCCUACCAUUUGUGCUGAUGCAUAUUCUAGUUCUGAUGGGGAAGAGUUUACAUUAAAUAUCCAUAUAACAUGAUCAAACUAGUGGAUCAAAAAGCUGAAGCUGUUUUAUCUCAGAUUAAAAACCAACAAAACAACAACCAAACAGAACAAACCCAAAAUAAGAAUAUGCAGCAUAACUUGAGAGAAAUCAUAGAAACCUCUUUAAAGAAGAAGAUCAAAUUAAAAUUGAGCUCCAGGGUCAUAGGACGCUCUCUACUUGAAGAUAAUGCUGCUAUGCAUCAGAGAUAGAGGCUAUGGAAAAUGUCUCCGGGGCCUCCAGCCUUCCUAUACUAUGUUUAAAGAGAUAAUCCGCUUAUUGCUUUGCUCUUUUUAUUACAAGAGAUUUCAAACAUGCAAUUUGGACUUUCUUUAACCACAGGAAAAUGCUUGUUCUCUUCCCAGUGUUGAGGAAUUCAUUUCAGAAAGAGCAAUGAAUCGACAGCAUGGCCUAUUAGACCCCUUUUCCAUUUGUUACAUGGUUGUGACAAUUAUAAAUAUUUUUGAAGUAAAAAAACUUGGUGUUUACUAAUAGGACCAGAAAAUACUUGUGUUCAUAGAAGAGUUUACAGAGAACUGUACAAGUAUAACAAGGAUUGUACAAAUAUAACAAUUCCUUCCUUAACGAAUUUGAAGAAAUGAUGAGAUGAAUUAUAAAUGUGUUGCAGUAUGGCAAUAAAAUAUUCAGCAGAAGCUGGUGGGUUAGAUGUAAAGUAAAAACUUUCAAAAUAA